AUCCCACCAACGGUCGGAAAAUUAGCACAAGAAGCGUAACGUUCCAACCUCUCCAACGAAUCCCGACGUCCUCCUUCCCCUUCACUACUCUCUGCUUCCUCUAGGUUUCCAUCUCCGGCGCCGCUUUCCUCCAGCGAAGCGCGAGCCAUGGAGCCGGCCAUAAUUGACUGGAAGAGGGUUGAGUCGAGGUACGUCCGGGACGAGGCUUACGAGAACAUCAACGCCCCUAUGUGGCUCGACCUCAACGCCCCCGACAGCGUUCCCGUCGACGACGACGCCUGGUUCUGCCGGCCAGGUCAUUGCUCCGACAAAGACUGCAAGCACCCUAAGGCCGCCGAAGAUUUCAAGCUUUCGGCCAUGGCUAGCCCUAAGGCGAAGAUGAUGAGAUCGAGCUCAGAGAGAUUGCCUUUCGGUGAAAGAAACAGCAAUCGCAGAGACGAGAACAAGCUGAAGAGAAGAGGAGGUCUCGUUGCUGCUCCGCUCCUCCCAACGUCUCCACUCAAGCCAAAGGCCUCGAAGGCUUUCAAAGAGGAUCUUGAGAACCAAGACCCGAACCAAUCAACGCCCUCUCGUCUCCCCCGCCCGACAAAGACGCGGAACGCAGCGAAAGAGAUGAUCAAGUCGAGCGCCGGGAAAAAGGUAGAAGAGGAGAGGGAGGAACAGAAGCCAGAGAAGCUACCACCUCGUCUGAAGAGCACGAUGUCGGCCAGGAAUUUGUUCUCCGGGAAGGACCUAUUGAGCCAAAUCUCCGAGUUCUACCACGAGCUCAAGAGAAUGGCGGUCGGAACUAAAACUCUCGUCGGAGAAGAGGCCGAGAAGGAGGUCAACAAUGUAGCUGAAAGCUCUCAACAAGAUAGCAAGCUUCUGAUCCCAAACAAACUGAAGAUUGUGAUAGAGAAAUCAACAUUUCCGAAGGAGGUUAGAGCAAAUCCUCCGACACCACAGCGUUUCCCUUCCCCUCGCGGCGUAAAGAAUGCAAAGGCUAUUGCUAACGGACGAUCCCCUCUCAACAGCAAGCCGGAAAGGAUAGUUCUUCAAGAAGGUUGCAGCAAUGUGCUUAUUGCUGGUGACUCUGGAGGGACUACAACAGAUUUGUUCUGGUUUCUAAAACCGUGUUCUUAUCUGGAGUAGAUUCUUGUUCUUUCAAGACAGAAACAAUUAGUUUCCUUGUCAGAUUUCGCUCUCGCUUCUUGCUGUUCUAUUCAAUUAUUUGUUCUAAAGGAAUAAACAUGUGAGCUGGUGUAACUAGAUAGAAUCUGAAUCAUACAAACGUUUCUUCCA